AUGAAGGUCGAAUGCACGUUUUUCCGGAUGAAAUCGAUCGCCCAAAUGACGCGCGCCGCGCUCAAGAUCUGGCAAUUCGUGAUCAAGUACACCACCAAGCCUUUGCUCAGUCAAGGAGUGGACGGAGACAUGGCCCUGGCCAGGAAUUCGCGACGGAAAUCGUUCGAUGGCGCUCGUCUUUCGACCAAGAAAAACGGAACAGUCGACGAAAAUCACAUCGCAUUCGACGAUUUGUGCAAGUUGGUUAAACCGGACAACGCAAUGCUCUACACCCCUCCAACUUCUCAAAGAGUGCAAGUUGUGGCGCUCGCUAAUUGGGAGUCCGCCCCCUCGUUCAUUCUAGAUGGGCACCUACACCAGGGCUUCCCGAAGGCGAGCACUGACCGACUACUGAACAAGUGCAACCCGUUUCUGUCUGGCAAACGCAGAGCUAACAGUGAAGAUCUCAGCUCCGAAGCGCCGACUGUGUCGACCGAUUGCUCCACGAUUCCAGAACAUAUCGUCGAAGAGCUAGACAUUGUCGAGGAAGAGGAGGACGGUGUUAAAGAGAAAGAACCUAUCCCACUCAAGACAGAAGCUUGCGAGACGAAGGUUGAACAAGCUCCAUCGAGUGGGACCUUUCAAUUUGAGAGCAAGUCGGCUCAACAAAAGACCCACGAAAAGAAGCAGACGCAACGCUGGGUCUGUGCAGGCCACGGUCAGUGGGUGAAAUGCAACGCUGAGCAAUCGUUUACUACGGUCAGUUUAGAUACGAACACUGAAAACCUGUGGAAGGUGCGCUGGGUUCAGGUCGGAUACGGCCGCUACACCAAGUAUCAUGUCAACGGGAAAACAGGGGAGAAAAUUACAUGUACAGCUUGA